UGUAAGUGUUGGCGUGUAACGAAGCAAUUGCACUUCCUUGCAAUUGCACAUCGUUCAGUUCGCUUUUUGCAUCUUACCGUUUGCGUUGAGUUUGCGCAUGCUUGUUGCAUUUUGUUAGUAAUUUGUGUUGAACGUCUAAUAUAUUUGUUCUGUUAAUGUUGAAUUUAUGAAUAAAAACGCGGUGAAUAAAACCACAAGCCGCUGCAUUAAAAGCACACAUCAAAUGGCCGCAACCUUGCGGAAGAAUCAUGUGCGAACACAGUGCCAUGUGCAGCAGUCCUGGUGGCUUUUGUGCCUGUGCGCUGGAGUGCUGCUGCUCGUUUGCGGUGCGACUUUUACCUCCGCGACGGGAUCAGCGCACGCACGGUGCGAUGGAGAUCAGUUCCAGUGCAAAAACGGAGUCUGCAUCUUACAGGCGAAGAUGUGCGAUGGACGUAGCGAUUGCACAGACAACACGGAUGAAUUGGACUGCGACUACAAGCUGUGCCGGCAGCCGCAUUGGUUCCCGUGUGCACAGCCACACGGUGCCUGCCUGGCAGCGGAACUAAUAUGCAAUGGUGUCGACAAUUGUCCCGGCGGCGAAGAUGAGCUCCAUUGCCCGCAUCGAAUGGUGGUUAGCUUCGGGCACCGCAACUGCAGCCAGUAUGAAUACAUGUGCCAAGAUUACAGCUGCAUACCGCUCGACUUUAUGUGUGACGGUAAGCCGGACUGCCCCGACAGCUCCGACGAGACCGCUGGCUGCAAGCAGUCAGCCACCAGUUGCAUCACCGGCCACCUCUGUGCGAACGGACGCUGCCUACAGCGCAAACAGUGGCUAUGCGACGGAGUCGAUGAUUGCGGCGAUGGCAGUGAUGAGAAGGACUGCGAGGAUCUCUGUCAACCGUCUAUGGGAAAAUUUAUGUGCCGUAAUCAUGGCAGUUGCCUGUCGCUCGCUCAGGUCUGCGAUGGACAGCCCAACUGCUCAGAUGGCAGCGAUGAGAGCGAGAGUUGCCAUGUCAAGCCCGAUUGUAGCAGCAAACAAUGCCCGCCCGGUGCCACGUGUCACAUGAUGCCCACCAGCGGACCGGAAUGCUAUUGCAAAAGCGGGUUUCGUCUGAUUAAAUUUAAGGAUAAGUGCGAGGAUAUUAACGAGUGCCAGGAGCGACAAGACCUGUGUAGUCAGCGCUGUGAGAACACAUCCGGUGGCUAUCGCUGUACCUGUGAUGCAGGCUACGAGCUGGAUGACAGCAAUAACCGCACAUGCCAUGCCAUAAACAGUGGCACAGAGAAACAACCACCGCUACUACUGUACACGACCCAGAUGACUGUGAUGGGCAUGCAUCUAACGCCGCAGUCGAAAGAUCGUCAUCACAUCUUCAGCGUGGCCACAAAUUUGACUAAAGUGAUUGGCGUGGCUUUUGAUGGCGACCAUGUCUACUGGACCAACAUACAGAACGAAGCGGAGAGCAUUGUGCGUGCACAUGCCGAUGGGUCCAUGGCCGAGAUAUUGCUCACGUCUGGUCUAGACGCUCCCGAGGAUUUGGCUGUCGAUUGGCUAACUCACAAUAUAUAUUUCUCAGAUAAUGUUAUGAGACACAUUGCGGUGUGCUCGAACGAUGGACUCAGUUGUGUGGUGCUGGUCACAGAGGAUGUGCACCAGCCGCGCAGUCUAGCAUUGUGGCCACAACGUGGUCAAAUGUUCUGGACCGACUGGGGCAAUAAGCCAAUGAUAGCCCGUGCCUCCAUGGAUGGCAAACACUCCCAACCGAUUGUAUCAGAUAAUAUACAGUGGCCUAACGGCAUUGCCUUGGAUAUGCACCAGGAGCGUAUCUAUUGGGUGGACGCCAAGCUGGGCAGCAUACAAAGUGUGCAUCCAGAUGGCAGCGCACGUCAAACUGUACUCGAUGGAAUGCUAAAGCAUCCUUAUGGUCUAGCUAUAUUCGAGGAUCAUCUGUACUGGUCGGACUGGGGCACCAGGAGCAUUCAUACCUGUCACAAAUUCUCAGGCAAACAACAUCGUAUUUUGGCACGUGAUCGCACAAUCUACGCCGUGCAUGUCUAUCACCCGGCGAAGCAACCGCAGAUUCCGCAUGCCUGUGAAACGGCACGAUGUUCGCAUCUUUGCCUGCUCGCUGAGCCGAGUGCGGGUGGCCACACGUGCGCUUGUCCAGAAAGCAUGACACUGUCAGCAGAUGGACGGCGCUGCAGCCAGACAGAGAAGAAGCAGCGUCUGUUCAUUGGACUGCGUCAAGUGCUGCUAGAAAUCGAACACACUUCGUUUGGCCGACAUGUAGUCAGCUACUCGCACAACCUGCCCUGCUACAUCAGCGAGAUGGUCUUCAACAACAUCAACGGCACCCUCUUCAUUGCGGACAACAUGCAGCGCGCGAUCUUCGAAUACGUGCCACAUAUCAACGAGCACCGCCUGACCACGUUGGUCUAUCGGAAUCUGGGAAACAUCAGCGCUUUGGCAUUCGAUCAUUUAGCCCACAAUCUCUACUGGGCGGAUAUCGAUCGCCACGUGAUUGAACUGAUUUCCUUACGCACCGGACAGCGUGCAUUGGUACGCUUCUUUUCUGGAGAUGAGAUGCCCAUAGGUCUGAGCGUUAUGCCAGCGGAGGGAUAUAUGUUUGUUGCACUCAAGGCGCGCCGGCACACACAUAUCGAUCGCUUGGCACUAAGCGGAAAGGGUGCUCAGACUCACGUCUUUGAAGACGAUCUGGGCGACGAUGACAUCAAGUUGGCCGUAGACUAUGAGACGCGCACUAUGUUUUGGUCAGACAGCGAUACGAAUCGGAUCAGCUUCAGCAAUUAUCGCCAAACCCAUGCGAAUACGUUUCGAGGCAAAUUCCGGCGACCAUAUGCUCUGGCCUUGGUCGAUCAGGAUCUGUUUUGGAGUGAGCUUGGCACACCGGCCAUCUACUGGACGCACAAGAACAACUUGGGUCCCAACAAACGCAUCGAGAUCGAUACAAAUCCCCAUCUGGGUCGCGAUGGUGCAGGUGCAGCAGCCGCCGCCUUUCUCACCCACGCCCUGCCCAUUCGCAUACCACUGGCAGGAAGUCGACGACUUGUCGAUGGCUUAGCCCCGCAUCCCUGCCAGCAUGCCAACGGCGGCUGCUCGCAUGUGUGCGUCAGUGCCGGACAGUUUGACAGUGCAUGUCUAUGCCCCGCAGGCUUUGUUUACCGCGAUGCCUCUAAUCGCAGCUGCACUGAAGCCCUGGAUUGUGAGUUCCGUUGCCGCACCUCGGGCGAGUGCCUGACCAUAGCGCACCGUUGCAAUGGCCAUCAGGACUGCGCCGACAGCUCUGAUGAGUCGGACUGCGACGACAUCAAACGCACUAAAGUCAAAUGUGAUCUAUCACAGUUCGCCUGCCACGAUGGCGAACGUUGUCUGGCCAAAAACAAGCGCUGCGACGGCAACAAGGACUGCAACGAUAACUCUGACGAGCUGCACUGCUCUCAGUUCGAUAAAACAAAGCUCUGCCACGCCCAUCAGCACGCUUGCGACAAUGGCAAGUGCGUGGACUACACCUUGGUAUGUGACGGAAACAACGAUUGUGGCGACAACUCGGAUGAGCUGCGUUGCAAGGAAGCCGCCAGCUGUGAACGAGGCAUGUUCCAGUGCAGCAGUGGAUCGUGUAUUGCCAGCAGCUGGGAAUGCGAUGGCCGCAUCGAUUGCAGCGAUGCAUCCGAUGAGCACGACAAGUGCGGACAGCGUCAGUGUCCAGAGAAGAUGCAUCGCUGUCUGCUCGGCCAAUGUCUCGAUGCGCAGCUGGUCUGCGAUGGCCACAACGACUGCGGCGAUCAAUCGGAUGAGCUCAAUUGUGACCGGCGCAGCGGUGACAAUGCUGCAGGCAACAUCAGCUGCGGCACUCUGGCCUCCCCAAUGUAUCAAUGUACCAGCAAUCUGAAUCUGUGUCUCGAUAUGGCAGUGCGCUGCAAUGGCACCGCCGAAUGCCCGCGCGGCGAGGACGAGGCAGACUGCGGCGAGCUGUGCAGCAUCUACGAGUUCCAGUGCCGAAGCAACAAGCAGUGCAUACGUCAGGAGUUCCGCUGUGACAAGGAGCGCGACUGUCCGGACGGCAGCGACGAGGAGCACUGCGAGCAGCACACGUUGCAUGGCAACGCGACGAGCAGCGACAGCAGCUACUCCUCAGACAUGAGUGCGAGACGUGCAUGUAAGCCGCAUCUCUUCGACUGCCAUGAUGGCGAGUGUGUGGACAUGUCGCGCGUCUGCAACGGCUUUGCGGACUGCAUCAAUGGCAACGACGAAGGCCCACAGUGUGGCAGUGCCUGCACCAAGCCCCUCUGCCAGCACAAGUGCCAGGCGACGCCGGCGGGCGCUGUAUGCACCUGUUUGGAAGGCUAUCGGCUGCAGAGUGAUCAACGCAGCUGUGUGGACAUUGACGAGUGCGCCGUCUCGCCCGAGCAGCAGCCGUGCGCGCAGAUAUGCGAGAAUACGCCGGGCAGCUUUCAGUGUCAAUGCCAUGCAGACUUUAUGCUGCGCCAAGAUCGCAGCAGCUGCAAGAGCAUACAGUCUGGAGCGACUCUCCUCUUCACCAGCUACAAUGAGGUGCGCAAUCUGAGUGAGCAGCCGGUAAUGCUGUCUGUAGCCUGGUCAGCAAACGAUUCACGUAUCAGCGGCUUCGAUGUGGACAUGCGCCGUAAGCUUGGCUACUUUAGCAGCGAGGAGGAGAAUGUCAUUUACCGCGUGGAUAUGCGAGAUCGCAGUCGCAUGGCCGCACUCCAUCUGCGCUCACCCAGCAAAAUGGCCGUGGAGUGGACAACAGGCAAUGUGUACGUGAUCAGCGGCAGUGCGCCACAGCAGAUUAGUGUGUGCAGCUUCCGGGCCAAGAUGUGCGGUCAGAUACUGCACAUGACGUCCCGAUUCAACCUUAAGGCGCUUGCCGUUGACGCUCACCUGGGGCGACUUUUCUAUGUGGCCAUACGCAGCGAGACCUUUGGCCUGCACAUUACGCAGCUUCACAUGUCGCGCCUCGAUGGGAGCCGGCGAGAGCUGCUGCUGCGCAAGCAUCGCAGCUAUGUGACCGCCAUUGCAACAGAUCCGCAUCAGCAGAUGCUCUACUUCGUGGAUCUGCACAGUCGCACCCUUGAGAUGAUCAGCUAUGGGGGACGCGGCAGUGCCAAACAAAGACAGAGCUACGUGCUGCUCCAGAAGAGCAACGCUCUGAUGCAGCCGACUGGACUGAGCAUCUACGAGAAUCACGCCUACAUUGUCAAUAUGGGCGCUAGGGAGGCGGUACGCUGUCAGCUGUAUGGGCAACGCAGCUGCAAGGCCAUCAAUUUGAACGUAAUGAAUGCCCAGGAUAUCAUUGUGGCCGGAGUAUCCCGGCAGCCGUUAGCUUCAGCCAAUCCCUGCCAGCAUGCCCAUUGCACCGGCAUGUGUGUUCUGGCUGACUACGGGUACGAGUGCAUGUGUGGCGAUCUUGUCGUGCCGGAGUCACAGCAGUGUCCACAGGGCAUUACGAAUGAGAUCGACAUAAAUUCUUUGCUCUCGAGUGAGCAGCGCUCGGACAGCAGCGAUGACGGAGGUAGUCGAGGUGCUUGGCUACUGGCCAUGCUACUGUUGAUGGGAGUUGUUGCCACUGGCAUUGGGUACAUGUUCUAUCAACGGCGGCAGCGCGGACAUCGCGAUCUCAAUAUUAACCUGCAUUUCCAGAAUCCUCUGGCAACGCUUGGCGACAAAUCGCUCCAGGAGGACGGCAACGAGGUGGACCUGGCAUGCGACUCCGGUAGUAGUGCCAGCAGCAGAGGCAUCAGCACCCACACUACUGCCACAGGCCCAUAUACGACCGAGCGCGAACCCCUUCAGUUUGGUGUACCCAAGAUCCUGCAGAGAUUUCUGCAGCAAAGGCAAAAACAGAACAGCGAAAUGGUUACACAAGUUCCGCUCGAAAACACAAGAUCGAGCAGAAUACGUUCGCUGGUCAAUGAACGGGGAGGAGAACGCACAAGCUCGAACGCCCUGGUAUCAGGCUCUGGCGAUGAUGCCUUCUCAGCCGGGCACUACGGGGGAGAUGACGCAAGUGAUGAUGUGCAUGCACGACUUGUACCAUAAGUGAUCCACAGAAAUCACCCCAAAUAUUGUUAACUAAUUGAUGUUGUCUACACUUAUGAGCGUUAUAUA